CCCGCAAGCUCCAACCUGCACGCGCGCACCUGACGCCCCUGGCUUUGACUUCGAGUCCCGCCAGUAUGGACUACAUCUUAACUUGACAGACGACGGGAUCUCGGUGGCUAGGCAGCGUUACAAAGACACGUGAGCGGCUGCCGGAGACGCUGCUUGCUCCCCACCGCUGGGUUUGCAAGCCACUACGGACUGUAGUGUGAGGCUUAAGAGUAGAAAGAAAGAAAGGAAGGAAAUAAGAAAAGAAGGGACCGGGUAUUGGAAACGGACGUGUGUGUGUGUGUUUUUUUAAGGUAACGGGAAGAGCACACGGCUACGGUGUGACUGGCUAUGCGUGAACUGAAAAGUUCUGUUCAAUUGAAAGAGCAGAAGGCACGCCGCGUCUCUGGAGCGUGAAACAAAAGCCAUGCAGUCCUGCCCUUGAGACAAAGCCUAGACAAAGCAAUCCUAACGAUCUGCCUAACAGAAAGAAAAAUGAUUUGGCAUUUAAUAAAGAUUACCCUUUUCUGGAUGGCAUUAUGGGGUAUGGUUCAGAAAAGCAUGCAAGACUGUGAAAAAGCUGUGAAACUAUCAGAGAUGAACUUGACUGUGAAGUACAAGCUGCCAAGUUUUGUUGCUGACACACCCAUCCAGAACAUUGUGUUUUUCAAAGGUCACAUUUAUGUAGCAGCUGUAAAUAAAAUUUAUACGCUAAAAGAAGAUCUCGAACUUCUGUCUGAGUACAAGACAGGGCCUGUAUUGGAGUGUUCAGACUGCUCACCUUGUGAACAAUGUAAACCAAAUGCCAACAGUUCUCUGCACUCUUGCAAAGAUAAUGUUAAUGUAGCUCUGAUUGUUGAAACCUAUUAUGAUGAUGAAAUCUUCAGCUGUGGUUCUGUUAAUGGUGGUGUAUGUCAGCGUCAUGUCCUGGAAUCAGAUAGUCCCGAAGACCUGGGAAAUGAAACCAAAUGUAUGUACUCCCCAAGGAUAGAUGAAGAAUGCUGUGGUUGCCCAGACUGUAUUGCAAGUCCUUCCGGAACAAAAGUGUUGAGUGUUGAAAGUAAUGGGCUUGUCCAGUUUUUUGUUGGAAGUACGAUUGCUCCUUCAUAUUCUCAUGAUUUACAACACUCUAUUUCUGUAAGACAAAUGAAGGAAACGCAAGAUGGCUUCCGUUUUUUCUCUGACCAGUCGUACAUGGAUAUAAUACCCGAGCUAAGGAACUCUUACCCAAUUAAAUACAUUUACACGUUCCAAAGCGACUCCUACGUUUACUUCUUAACAGUUCAAAAAGAGUCUUAUGAUUCUCCACUGUAUCAAACCAGGAUUGUCAGAAUUUGCUCAUCAGAUCCUGAACUGCGAAGCUAUGUGGAAAUGCCUCUGGUGUGUAUCUUAACAGAGAAACGAAGAAAACGGUCCACAAAAACUGAAAUGUUUAAUAUUUUGCAGGCAGCUCAUGUCAGUAAACCUGGGGCAGCUCUUGCAGCCGAAUUAGGCAUUUCUGUUGAUCAGGAUGUCCUCUUUGGUGUCUUUGCUCAGAGCAAGCCAGGUUCUUUUGUACCAUCAAACAAGUCAGCUGUCUGUGCUUUACCAAUUAAAGCAGUCAACAACUUUAUCAAUGACAUGAUUCACAAGUGUUAUACAAAGCUGCCUUACCAUUUUAAUGGAUCAGACAAGAAAUCCUGUUAUAACACGACUUCUCCAGAUGACAUAUCGUGCCAUGGAAAACAUGGAGAAGGAUACCGCCUAGAAGUGAAAACCGCAAUGCAACGGCUUGAUUUGUUCCUUGGCCAGUUCAGCAAUGUACUCUUAACUUCUAUCACAGUUUUUACUCAGGGAGAGCUCACAGUUGCAAAUCUUGGAACAUCAGAAGGCAGAAUAAUGCAGGUUGUGAUUUCACGCUCCAGACAAAGGCCUCCACAUGUUAAUUUUCAACUGGACACAUGGCCGGUUUCACCUGAAGUUGCUCUAGAAUCUGCCUCUUCACAGAAUGGCUUUGCACUAUUCAUCACAGGGAACAAGGUGACUAAGGUGCCAUUGGCUGGGCCUGGCUGUUUCCAGUACAAGUCCUGUUCCUCCUGCCUCUUAGCACCUUUGUUCAUGCAGUGUGGGUGGUGCUCUAAUCAUUGCUCAAGAGAAAAGGACUGUGAAGGUGGCAAAUGGACACAUGACUCCUGCUCCCCUACCAUUUAUCAGAUAUCCCCUUCUAUCGCCCCACUUGGGGGUGGCACCAAGUUGACCAUAUGUGGAUGGGAUUUUGGAUUUAAUAAAACAAGAAUGUUUGACUCACGACAAGUUGCUGUUGACAUAGGUGGUGUUUCAUGUAAGUUGGAUUCAAGAGGCAGCAGCAGCAACAGGCUCUUGUGCACUCUUGGCUCUAUAAAUAAAACCCAUCUCAGUGCUGUGACAACUGUAUACAGUGGCAAACACUACACAAAAAAAGAAGGAUUCUCUUAUUUGAAUCCAAAAAUAAAAGAUAUUUUUCCAAAAUAUGGUUUGAAAUCUGGAGGGACCCUGUUGACAAUUACUGGAGAAAACCUGGAUAUUGGAAGCUCACGAGAAAUUACAAUUGGAAAUGCUCAGUGCCAUUUAGAAAGUAUCUCAAGCACAAUAUUGAAGUGUGUCACUCCAGCUCAAGAAGUUCCUUCUGCUUAUCCUGUGAGAGUGAAAAUUGACUUCACUGUUCUUGAAGCUGCUGUUCCAUUUACAUACAAUGAAGACCCAAUUUUUACAGUUCUUCAGCCAUCCCGGUCUUUUAUUAGUGGCGGGAUCACCGUGGCAGCACAUGGAUUUAAUCUGAACUCGGUGCAUUUACCACAGAUGGUCGUCACUGUGCCUGUCAGUGGCAUGGAAUUUCAAGAGAAAUGCAUACCGGGUGAUGAAAAGGUCAUCUACUGUACAACUCCUUCUCUGAAACAUUUGAAACUGGAACCACCGCUGCCAACCAAAGUGUCAUUUAUCAUGGAUGGGUAUUCAUCACGGCACUUUGAUUUCUUGUAUGUAGAAGAUCCCCAGUUUGAAAAGUUUGAAAACCUCAAAGUUAUCUCCAAAGGCAAUAAAAAUAUUCUUGAAAUCAAGGUGGCCGGUGUGGACUUUGAGGCGAUACAAGGUGAAGUACUUAAAGUAAGCAAUCGAACCUGUGAAAAUAUCCACUUGGUAGGAAACACAAUUGUCUGCACUCUUCCCACGGGUCUCCUGGCAGUUAACAAUGAAUUGGAAAUUGAGUGGAAGCAGGCAGUUUCAUCAGUUGUCCUUGGAAAGGUAUUUCUAGCCAAAGAGCAGGAUUACACAAGCCUUGUUGCAGGGGUGGUGUCUGUCACAGUUUUAAUCCUGUUUUUGAUUGCCAUCUUCAUCUGGAUGAAAAAAAAGAAACGGAUUGAAGAUUUUGAUGAAGGAAUGGUUUGGUUUCAUGGAAGACCGAACAUUCAAAACUUGGAUAUGCUGGCAAAUGCAAGAAAUGUCAGCCCAACCAAUGAAAUGGUCUCCCACGAAUCAGUUGAUUAUCGAACAACCUUGCUUGAGGAUCAGAGCCAGAGUUUGUCUCAGACUGAAUCAUGCCGACCACCCCAGUAUGCCCGCACAGAUCUCUCUCCAGUGCUUUCAAGUGGAGACACUGACUUGGCUACUCCACUACUUCCCUCCAGUGUUCACAUCGAUAUUAGCAGCUUAAAUCCAGAACUUCUCAAGGAAGUACAGCAUGUUGUAAUAGCUCGAGAUGACCUCCUCCUCCACAUCAAUGAAGUGAUUGGAAGAGGUCAUUUUGGCUGUGUUUUCCAUGGAACGCUUUUGGAUAAAGAUGGCACAAAAAUUCACUGUGCAGUUAAAUCCCUUAAUAGAAUAACAGACAUUGAGGAAGUUGCUCAGUUCCUAAAAGAGGGCAUCAUCAUGAAGGACUUCAGUCAUUUGAACGUCCUGUCUUUGCUAGGCAUCUGCCUUCCUAGUGAGGGCUCCCCUUUGGUGGUGUUGCCUUACAUGAAGCAUGGUGACUUGAGGAAUUUCAUUCGAGAUGAUAAUCAUAACCCUACAGUGAAAGAUCUUAUUGGGUUUGGGCUGCAAGUUGCCAAAGGAAUGGAAUACUUGGCAAGUAAAAAGUUUGUCCAUCGUGAUCUUGCUGCCAGAAACUGCAUGUUGGAUGAGAAGUAUAUUGUUAAAGUUGCUGACUUUGGCCUUGCCCGUGACGUCUAUGACAAGGAAUAUUACAGCGUUCACAAUAAAAGUGGAGUGAAGUUGCCUGUGAAAUGGAUGGCACUGGAAAGCCUGCAGACGCACAAGUUUACUACCAAGUCUGAUGUGUGGUCCUUUGGUGUGCUGCUGUGGGAACUGAUGACAAGAGGAGCCCCACCUUAUUCUGAUGUCAAUUCUUUUGACAUAACUGUAUUUCUGAUGCAAGGCAGGAGACUUCUACAACCAGAGUUCUGCCCCGAUUCACUAUAUUCUGUGAUGAUUGAAUGUUGGCACCCCCGACCAGAGCAGCGUCCAUCAUUUUCUGAGCUUGUUUCUAGAAUCUCUUCCAUCUUCUCCAGUUUUAUUGGGGAGCACUACAUUCUUCUUAAUACCACCUAUGUUAAUAUUGACAGACUCGCUCCAUAUCCACCACUCAUCUCAUCCUAUUGUGACUAAAGCGUAAGAGACAUUGACUUAAACUUGGAACUCCUGAAUGUGGGACUCAAGUAGAUUGGCCUUGCCAAAAACAAAUGCUACUGCUUUGUCCUUUUAAGCUAAAACAAGGCAGCACACCAAUCUAAGGCAGUUUGUGAAUUUCCAGUGAUGACUUUGGGAGCCAUUUAUGGUAGACAUAUGAAAGUCACUGCCCUGAAAAACAGGAUUUCAAAUGUUGUUCCUAAAAUUGAAGCUCCGUGAAAAGCUCUGGACCUUUUGAGGCACUUGACGCUAGGAGACUCCUUCAACUUGACAAUGUGUAAUGUCCGUCUUCUUCUCUCUGUGUUCAUCUCUGUUGGUGUAAAAUGUAGGUAGUUUUAUGUGCUGCAUGUAUUAGCAGACUGAUUUUUUUUGUAUAUUUGUACAAUCUCAAAUGACUGUUUGACUAACAGGACAGGGACAAUGAAACACUGGAUGAUUUUUGUGUGCCAAAUCCGAGGCUUUCCUGGAAGAUACCUUACAAGUGUGUGAGUGUGUGUUAUGCUUCUUUCAUCUCCUUAUCAAACUUCAUUACCUUGUGUAAAAUAUUAGUUACAUGUCACUUUAAAACAUAAAACAGCAAAUGUUACUGUGAAUAGAAGUUUUAAUUUUGUGUCUGCUGUUGCACUAAUAUGUAUUUUAAGUUGUGUUUUCAUUUUUAGUGUUGAUUUUUGAAGUAUAUUUUUCUAUGGAAAAGUUUUAUUUUAUGGAAAACAGAGAGAACGUCACCCUACGUAUGUCAGCCCCAAGGAAACAUAACGUGAGUUUGCCUAAGCUGACAUGGUACAAAGAAAAAGCACUAGAAAAAGUAUGUUAAAUAGUUCAUAUUUCUUGAUUCAUGUAAAUGUAUGUGAAGUUUUUAAACACAAUGAUCAUGUGUUGCAUUGUUAAGAUGUACGAAAAAUUACAUAUACUGUAGAGAAACAAUAAAUGUCUUUCAUUGUGUGUAGUACUGUAGGCAGAUGUUUCCUAUACGAUUAAUGGUACCCAUUCAGAUAUUGUUUGCUACUGAUGAUUCUUUAAAACAUUAUUGCUUUAAUAAAGACAACUCAUAACAGUGAA